AUGAAUCUGGUCAAGAUCGGGGUGCCGGCCGUGGUGGGCGGGGCGCUGCUCUUUGUCGGGCUGUUCGCGCUGGCGAGGUGCUGUUGUGUGCGGGCGAGCAGGAGGGCGAGGGAGGACGUGGAAGGGAAGGGGGGAAGGGCCGAUGAGAUGGGGAUUCAGGACGGUGAUGGGAGGGGAGAUGGAAAAAAUAAAGGAAAGGGGAAGGAGAAGGGAAAGGGGAAAGGGAAGGGGAAGGGGAAGGAGAAGGGGAAGGGGAAGGGCGACGAAAAGCUGGAUGGGCGGUUUACAUGGGGAAAGGGAGAUAGUGCCUCGUCGCGCCAAGACUCAGCUGUGAAUUCAGCCCAAGGCGCCGCCCAGGAGACAAGGCAACCGGAACGGGCGGCGCUGCGCCCACUGCUUCGCCAUGUUUGGCGCAAAGAAGCUCCACACAUUUCCGAGUCCCCUUCCGGGAGGCGGCCGGCUAGGACAAGUCUUCACUCGGCGGCACAUGCGCCUGAGAAACUUCCUGAUAACCUGCCCACGCAAAAGGCCACCAUCAGCACACUCAGCAGCCACUUCUAUUUUGUUCCGUUCCCUCGCGUUUCUCUUGGUCAAGAUCAUCUCCCGGAACCUCUCCCGGAACCGCUCUCCUUGCUUUCACUAUCCGGAAUCCACACGGGUUUCGAGCCUCUCGUCGCCCGCAACCGCUGGUCACCCACCGCUGCUCUGCCUCUCUCAGCAACCAGCCAGCCGGCCAUGCCUCCACCGCCUCUGCGGCCGCCGAUCGGGGACUCCCCGAUCAUGAAACACCAAGGGGUCGUCCUGUCCGUCUUCGCCUGCCUGCUGCUGGCCAUGCUGCUGGCCGUCUGCGUGGGCGACUGGAGAUCCGCGCGGCAGGGCGCCGACGACCGCGCCGGCCCGUCUCCGCGCUCCCCGUCCAAUUCGGAGACCACGCCGCUGCUGCCGUCGCCCAACGACUCCACCGUCGUCGACUCGGAGAGCGCGAGCAGCAAGCGGUCUGUCGGUUAUGUCUUCUCGUUCCGUCCCGCGGAGCUUGGCCCUGACGCGUCGUUGUCGUCGCCCGGUCCGGAGGAGGAGAGCGCUACCGGUCGAGGGGCUAUAUAG